AUGGAGCUCGCGAUGCAGGAACGAGAGCUCUCCCAACGGGAGAAGAUGCUGCGAGUGGCGGAGAAGGAGAUCAGCAAACGCGAGGCGAGGAUGACGCGUCGCGAAGACUGUCAUCAUCUGCAACUGCUGCUCGAGAAGUACGAGGCAAAGAGUACGGAGGCCGGCCGACUGAAACGGGCUUGUCUGGUGUCGCUGAGCUUCUGGGAUCCAUGUUUGACGUCACUCGUCUUCCUGCUCGCCGCCAUCGGCCUUCUCUCGCUGAGUUGGCGACUUGUGGGCGUCUGGCCCAAGGAGGACUUGCCAUCCAUGAUCAGAUUGUGAGAAUGAAAUGCGCUCCGUUGAUAAACUACAUUUUAUUUCAGUGGAAGGCCGUAUUCAAACUCUUCUCUCGACUCCUGA